GACACUAGCCGCGCAGACUCACGGGAACGCGCGACGUUCAAAUUUGCUUCCGGUUUGCUCGGCACGACAUAAUGUUAAAUAUGGAGCAGCAUCGCGGAAGUGCGGUGAGGACUCCCAUCAACGGUGUGCCAGUUCAAAAGAGAAGUAAAAGUUACCGGCUGUCAUAUGGCAGCUGCCUUGGUGCUGCUUCACGCUUUGGCUUUACGCCAACGUUGACAGCACGAAGGUUCAGCACCACCAGAAGAGUUUCAAAGUUGCACAAUGUCAAGGAGAAGAUAAAUGCGGAUCAGCUGGCCUUGUUGGUGAAAAUGGAAUGGAAGCUGUCCUACGUUACACCUCUGUAUCAGUUCAGACACACAAAGCUGAAAAGCUACUCCAGGCAGCUCUCGGUGUUUAUUACUGCAGAGAAGCAGCAGGGUUUGGCGGUGGACGUUGACAGAGUGCAGAACAGCUACCGAGUCUCCUUCUCUCUGGUGCAUGGGAUGGCGGGGACAGAUGAUGCUGAAACUGUUCUCAUACAGGUCCAUUCAAAGCAUAUGUUUGCAAAGAAGGAUGAGCCCCAGAAGCUGAUAUGGAGUGGCUGGCUGACCUGCAUGAAUGGGAAUUCUGAUUACCUGGGCUCGCUUCCAAAAGACUUUAUCUGUCUGCCACUCUUUGGUAGCAGUGGACCUGAGGACCUCACUUCUUUAGUCCAGUCUUGGUUUAAGCAGAACUUUGACUGCUGCAUCGGUCCUCUGGAAAUCAGCCACACUAGCCUACAAUGGCUGGCAGCUUUAUGGACCAACUGCCACAAUGAGGAUAACAUCCAGCAUCUCAAAUUGAUUUGGAGCCUUCCAGUUGCACCACCACUACAGAUUACGUACACAGUCGACCCCCAAGAUGCCUGGGAUCUGUGGGGCAGCGUGAGAAAGGGUUCAGGUGCAGAGAAAGUGAGAGAAGAGGAGGAGCCAGGAAAGAUCAUUGACAUUGAUGAGGUGAUGAGUUUCAUGCAGGGGCUGAAUUCCCACUUUUACAAACACUUCAGGCUGGAUCUAUCAUCAGGAAGUCUGAAGGAAGUGGCUACAUCACUGGGUUCAGCCAAAUACAAUGGCAAGAUCAAGAUCUCAAACAGCAAAUAUAUGAUCACCACUCUCACACUGCUGACAGAGGGUGCCCUCCUCAAAAUGCCCAUCUAACAAAAGGACACAUUGCAAUAUUGAAACUCUAAUAGCAGCAUCCAUUUCAAGAACAGUUUAUCCCCUUAAAGACUGGACUAACUGUAUAUUAUUUUUAAACAAUCCAGGCUUUUUCAAUUGCAAGUAACCCUUCUAUAGAAGUAGAAAUGCAUACUCAUAUUCUUAUUAAUGAAGACGAUCUGUUCCUUUUCUUAAGAAUUCA